AAAAAAUAAAGUGAACAAAGAAAGAGGAGAUUGGAGGGGAAAUGCAUGCGCGGCGAAGCAGGGAUAUACUGGUAGGGCGAGAAGAUUCUCUGAAAUGGCAUCUUCCUCCUCUAUGCCUGCAAACACACUCAAUCUUUCUCUUUUAUUUAUUUAAAAAUUUUGAAAUGGAAUAGUAGGAAAUACCAACAAGCCAUGCGGAGAAAAGCGGAGCCUUGCCUUCUCCUUCGCUCUUACCUCCGCCGUUGCUCCUCCCACCAACUGCAAAACCACCCUUCCUUGCGCUCCUUUGGCUCUCUUCGCACUCUCCCCUAUUUUCCACUCUUUCAACCCUCCCACCACGAAAACCGCGAUCCUAGUCAAAGUCUCACUCACAGCAAGAGCUAUAACUCCAAGUUUGGUUCCUUUGUUCAGCUACUCUCUCCUCAUUCUCCGGUUGCGGGUUCCUCCGAACGCUUCGUUCUAUUGGGAUUGGUUUCUUUGGACGGCCUUCACCGUCAUCAUUACCAUCGGUACUCCUCCCAUCGCAAUUUUUUUACAAGGGCUAAGCAAGUGAAGAAGAUCAACACCGCAGAUGAACACAGUCAGCGAGCAGUCACGACUGCACUGUGGUGCAACUUCCUUGUAUUUUCUCUGAAGUUUGGUGUCUGGCUAUCAACCUCUAGCCAUGUUAUGCUGGCUGAAGUUGUGCACUCGGUUGCAGAUUUUGCUAAUCAGGUACUUCUUGCUUAUGGUCUGAGUAGUUCAAGACGUGCACCAGAUGCUCUACAUCCUUAUGGCUAUUCCAAGGAAAGAUUUGUUUGGUCUUUGAUAUCUGCUGUCGGUAUCUUUUGUCUUGGUUCUGGAGCUACAAUUGUUCAUGGCUUUCAAAACUUAUGGACUUCACAGCCCCCUGAACAUAUUUUGUAUGCAGCUCUAGUGAUUGGGGGUUCUUUUGUCAUUGAAGGUGUUUCUCUGAUUGUUGCCAUACAAGCUGUCAAGAAAGGUGCAGCUGCAGAGGGAAUGAAAGUGAGAGACUACAUCUGGCGAGGUCAUGAUCCUACAUCUGUUGCAGUCAUGACAGAGGAUGGUGCUGCAGUUACUGGCCUUGCCAUUGCAGGAGCAUCAUUGAUUGCAGUGAAUACCACAGGAAAUGCUAUCUAUGACCCCAUAGGUUCAAUAAUAGUUGGCAACCUACUUGGAAUGGUGGCUAUCUUUCUCAUCCAGAGGAAUCGGCAUGCUUUAAUUGGUAGAGCAAUCGAUGACCAUGAUAUGGAGAAGGUUUUGCAUUUCUUGAAAAAUGACCCGGUUGUAGAUGCUCUAUAUGAUUGCAAAAGUGAGGUUAUUGGACCUGGAUUCUUUAGAUUUAAGGCUGAAAUAGACUUCAAUGGAGUAAGGGUGGUGCAAAAUUACAUAAAUAGGACUGGACGUGUUGAGUGGGCCAGACAGUUUCGUGAAGCUGCGAAGGGAAAGGAUGAUACUGCAUUGCUCAAGAUCAUGUCAAAUUAUGGUGAGGAAGUGGUUACAGCUCUAGGAAGUGAAGUUGAUAGGCUAGAAAUGGAGAUCCAGGAGCUUGUACCCGGUAUUCGGCACGUGGAUAUUGAAGCCCAUAAUCCUACUGGCCCAUCCCCGUGAUCGACCCAUUUCUAUACUGGGGCUGUGUUCUUUGUGCAUCCUUCUUCAUAUGAUUGUCAAUAAUUUUGAUAGGAAACUCUGAAUAUAUCAAAUAACAAUCAAGUUUGGAGACCAUGUACAAUGUUAUAUAUCCGGAAAUGAGGACUGUCUCACAACGCUAAAGCAUGCCAUAUGUUAAUAAUAAACAUUAUAUAUCUACCGUUUAUU